UAACCACAAAAUCUCUGAUUUACAUAUCACAUGACUAUAAAGAGCUGCCUUAGCAUGGACUGAGUUGUUUGUGACAUGAAGACUAAACAUAUGGUAUAUCAUAUUUCCUUUUACUUUGCAGACAUUUUUUUGUUCCUCUAAUACCAAGCAUUCCUGGUCUUAAAUCUUUUCCUGGUCUACUGAUGCACAGCCAUGAUUACCGCAAUCCUGAUGUCUUUGAAGGAAAGCAUGUGGUCAUUCUUGGUGCUGGUGCAUCGGGUCAAGACAUUUGCCUUGAAGUUGCAACGAAGGCAGAGAUAGUGUUCCUUAGCCAUAAAGGCAAUGUUUCUUGUGAGCUUCCAGACAACGUAAAGCAACAAAGACCAAUAUCACUUGUAUCCACAGAUGGGACAGUUCAUUUUGAUGAUGGACAGCAGAGAAAAGUUGAUGCCAUCUUACUCUGUACAGGUUAUGAGUUCUCUUUUCCAUUCCUCAGUGAUGCUUGUAAUAUUGAGGUGUGUGAUAACAGAGUAACUCAUCUUUACAAACAUAUUUUUAACACAAGAUACCCCACACUCUCAUUCAUUGGGCUCUGCCUCAAAAUGUGUCCAUUUCCACUGUUCAGCCUGCAAGCUCAGUACAUUGCAGCAGUUUUGAGUGGAAAGAAGAAAUUACCAUCUGAAAAGGAUAUGAAUGAUGACGAAGAGAAAGAUUUCCAAGAAAAACUCUGCUCUGGGUUGGGCAAGAAAUAUGCUCACAUGUUAGGUGACAGUCAGUGGGAAUAUGACAAGACUAUCGCACAGCUAGCCGGAACUCAGCCACUGAGUGAAAUUUAUGAGGAUCUUUAUAAUCAUGUGUUUUACAGAAGGAAAAAUUUCCUUAUGGAAUAUAAGAAUGAUGAGUACAAGAUAACUUCUGAUGGGACAUGGGCAAAAAAUGAAAAAGUUGAAAACUGAUGAGAAGGAUCUUCUGGCUAUUUAAUUGAUUAGUAAGAUAUACCAAAAUUGGAACUCUGUGAACAAUACCUCGGUGAGUGAAGCCUCCUGUUGAAAUAUUUGUUAUUAUUAAUUAUUAUUAAGAGUAUCUAGUAUUGUAAGUAUCACAAAUGGAGUGUAGCAUUGAAUGGUUCUGUAAGCAUGUUUUGCAAGUAGAAUAUAAAACAAAAUGGUCAGUUUUAAAUAGUUUAUAUAUUUUUCAACUGUAUUUUUGUGUUGUAUUGUUUUUCAGUGUUGCGAAGAAACAAAAAAAAGAAAAAUUAAUUUGAAGCCCUGCUAUCUCGGACUAUUUUUGAGUAUUUUUCGCCUCAUUCGUGCAGAGAUCAUGUUCAAGCCAGCAUUUUUUCAGAUUUUUUUUCACAGCUACCUAUAUCAAGUUCACAACUGCAUAAAUACUAUUUUUCUACCGCAGUUUAAAUAUAUAUUUUACAUAUGUACUGCUUAUCUCAAUCAUCUACUAGUAUAUUACCCCCAAUUGGUUUGAUAGCUUAUUUGGUGGAGCACUGCACCGGUAUUGCAGAGGUCAAUCAUUGGUUUCAAGUCAGAAUUGUCUUAGUAAACAGUAAGUGUGGUAGUCAGAAAUUUAAAAUCUUUAAAUCAAUCUAAAAAUCAAGGAAGAUUUUUACCGGUGGUUUUUGGGCAAAACCAAACCGAUAAGAGAACCAAUAAGCUUUAUUAGGACACUUUUUACCGAAUAAUCACAAAAUAAUAAUUGUAGUAAAGUUGUUAAUGUUCGUGUAUGGCGUUAGUUUUUUACAAUCAGCUUGAAAUCUGGUGUCCUCCCUGAAGACUGC